UUCAGGACAGCGGAAGUUUCACUGCUUGCAGGCUAAGCUCGCCUCUGGGUUUGGGCUUGCAAGAGAGCUGCAGCUCACACCGGGCAGAUCUUCUGGGCGCCUCCCAGUAGCAACCAGCCAAGCCGAGCCAGCCUGGGUCGCCGCUAAGGUCCCAUCGCUUCAUUCUCUGGGCGGGAGGGAGGAAGCCCUGGGCAAGAGAAUCAUGGAUCUGGAGAACAAAAUGAAAAAGAUGGGGUUAGGUCAUGAGCAAGGAUUUGGUGCUCCCUGCUUAAAAUGCAAGGAUAAAUGUGAAGGAUUUGAGCUACACUUCUGGAGGAAAAUAUGCCGCAACUGCAAGUGUGGUCAGGAGGAACAUGAUGUUUUCAUGAGCAAUGAGGAAGAUCGGAAAGUGGGAAAACUUUUUGAAGAUACCAAAUAUACUACUUUAAUUGCAAAGCUGAAAACAGAUGGGAUUCCCAUGUAUAAACGCAAUGUGAUGAUCUUGACCAAUCCUGUGCCUGCCAAGAAGAAUAUUGCCAUCAAUACAGUUACCUAUGAAUGGGCUCCUCCUGUCCAGAAUCAAGCACUGGCUAGGCGAUACAUGCAGCUGCUUCCCAGGGACAAACAACCUGUGGCUGGCUCUGAGGGGGCCCAGUAUCGGAAGAAGCAAUUAGCUAAGCAGCUCCCUGCUCAUGACCAGGAUCCUUCUAAGUGUCAUGAGCUGACUCCCAAUGAGGUGAAGCAGAUGGAACAGUUUGUGAAGAAAUACAAGAAUGAAGCUCUGGGUGUUGGAGAUGUCAAACUUCCCAGUGAGAUGGAGAUAAAAGCUUUUGACAGAAAUAUACUCGAUGGUGGGUACAGAGGCACUACGGCUGUGGUGGGAGCAAUGGAGGAUAAAUCAACAGAUCAAAAAGAGGACUAUUCCUGCUAUUGCUGCAAGCAGAGCAUGAAAGAAGGCGAUCCCGCAGUUUAUGCUGAGAGAGCUGGAUAUGAUAAAUUUUGGCACCCGGCCUGCUUCGUUUGUAGCACCUGCAAUGAGCUUCUGGUGGACAUGAUCUAUUUUUGGAAGAAUGGGAAGCUGUAUUGUGGCAGGCAUUACUGUGACAGUGAGAAACCUCGGUGUGCUGGGUGUGAUGAGUUGAUAUUCAGCAAUGAAUAUACCCAGGCAGAGAAUCAAAGCUGGCAUCUGAAACAUUUCUGCUGCUUUGACUGUGACACCGUUCUUGCUGGGGAAAUCUAUGUUAUGGUCAAUAACAAGCCCAUAUGCAAGCCUUGCUACGUGAAGAACCAUGCUGUGAUUUGUCAAGGAUGUCAUAAUGCGAUUGAUCCAGAAGUGCAGCGAGUAACUUACAACAAUUUUAAUUGGCAUGCCACUGAAGAGUGCUUUCUCUGUUCCUGUUGCAGCAAAUGUCUGAUUGGUCAGAAAUUUAUCCCAGUAGAAGCGAUGCUUUUCUGUUCAGUAGAAUGUAAAAAGAUGAUGAUGUCUUAAUGAGAAAGCACUAGAUAAUUCUGAGCCAUUGCUAUCUUCCAAAGUGGUCUGCAUUUCUACUGUAAAAUGGAAUUUGGGCAUUUGGAAAAAUAAAAAAGAAAAAACAACUUGGAAUAAGUUGAGAAAUUGUUAUUUCUGUUUCUCUUUCCCCUUUUUCUUUCUCAGUCUUUGCUUUCAUCUUUUAAAAAUUGUAUUAAGCACCUAUUCAGAUCUAAAAAUAGAGGAAAUGCCAUGUUUGACCUCGGAAGGCCAAGUCUUUAUCUCUUUUUUCCCCACCUUUCACUUUUAAUACUGAAAUGAAACAACUUUAAAUAAAGAACAUGUAUGGAUUCUUUCUCGGACCCUUUUUAUUCAGCUUUCUGGUGGCGUGCAAUGAUGAUGUUUUCUGAUAGUGGGGAAGGGGUUGAAGGAUACAAAGUGCUUAUUAAACAAGCAUCUCCAAAAAAAAUUUAUAGCUGUCAUUUAUUUCUAGCCUCUGUGUAUUAUCCCCUGCCCAGUGAUGUAAGGGGACAUAUUGUUUGCUUUGUUGUCUUGCUCAUUAAUUGUUUUCUGUUUGGCACUCCUCAACUUCAUAGCCCUAGUCUGGUCAAAGUUCUUCUAGUCAAUGAUCUGCCCUUGAUCUGUAGAUAUGGGGGAGUGUUGUAUGUGGUACCGAAUCACCCACUUUACAACUCUUUAUAGAUGGGCCUUGAGCUUUUUUUUUAAGGUAUUGCAGUGUGAAUUUAAGAUAUUCAUGUAUAGCAUAUGUUGUCAGUUCUAAGAACAUCUGUGUCUAUAUUUCAAGGUAUACUGUGGAUCCAAGAGAACUUGUGAAAUGUGUUAAUUGCUGUUGGCAGAUUUGGGAUUUGCUAAACCCUUAAUAUGUUUCUCACUUUUUUUCUAAAUGGUAACUAUUCUCUGACAGUUUAUAAUGAUGCUUAUUGGUAUGACUAAUUUCCUUUUCCUCAGAAGACCCCCAUCUUAAUUACAUAUUACAAUCAAUUACAUAGGAUAUUAUUUACAGAAGCAUCCAAAUCAUAGAUACCU